ACGGGGCCGGUGAUAGCAGAACUGAGGGCCCGACCAUAACCGGCAGGGACGGCACAGCAGCACUCCCCUCCCCCCGUUGGUCACCCGACUGUCCCGGGGUCCUGAAGGGCAGGAGAAUCCUUCUACCAUGUAAAUGCUGUUUGCAGGGUCCUGUACAAGUGACCUGAAGGGAAAGCUGCAGUCAGUGGUGAUCCACUGCACAUAACCUACCCCAGUCCAUGACCCGUAGCUAUGGAGACAGCGAUGGAAGACGUGAAGACUCGGCCCCCCGCACCGGUGCACAUCACGGUUCUCAGAGCACAUGAUCUGAAAGGAGUUAAAGGAGACGUCCCGGUCACCUACGUGAGGUCCGAAUUUAAUAACAUCCUCCUAGGAGACUCCCCCAAGCUUGAGACCACCCCCAGCAAGCCCACCGAGUACAACUUCACCAGCAGCUUCGACAUUGGGGGUGAAAGUCCUCACGGCCUGGAUGAUGUCGCCCACAAACCUGUCCUAUUGACCGUCAUUGAGAUCUUACCCAAGGAGAAGAAGCAGAAGGAGGAGAAGACCAGUGUCUUGGGGCAGUGCGCUGUGGAUCUGCUGCCCCUACUGCGAGGUGAAUGUAAUUUUAAGGUUACCGUACCCCUGCACCCCAUCCAUGGGUCUCCUCUUGAAACUGUUCCCCCAGAGGCCAAGCCCAGCCUGGAGGUGGCGCUGUCUGCCCCGAUGCCCUUACUCGCUGAGUCACAGAUAAGUCAUGGAAACUUGCUCCGAGUGACUAUGGAAGCCGCGUACUGUGCCCCUGACUCCUGGUCACCCACCGGGCCCCCGUAUAAUUAUGUGACCAGUCUUCAGAUGCCAUCUGCUGGAGAGAAAGAUUCCACUCUGAUCUUUUCCAAUGGCGUUCUGAAAGGCGGCGGCGAAGGCGAGCCAGUCUCCCGACAGAAGCGAUGGCCUAUGAGCGGGAUCUUGGCUCCAGGAGCUCAGCAUAUCCCAGAAUCCUUCAUUCUCUCAGGGGCCUAUGAAGAAGAGGACGGAGAAAUGAACAAGAGAGAGGACAAGGACUUCCGAAUUGAAGUCGAGACUCACAGAAAGAGGGUGACGUGGGACACGGAGAGGCGCCUCUACCUGGACCAGUCUGCAGCGAACAGUUUACAGAAGCGGAUUGCGGAGUGCCGGUAUUGGCCGGUGGAGGUCAUGAGAGCGCCGUUUUCUCCUGCCGGCAAAUCUAAACCGGGAAAAGCAGAAAAGCAGGGUGAUGAGGACCCGCAGAUCUCCUUCCAUGGAGUGGCCUAUGUGAACAUGGUUCCCCUGCUGUACCCAGGAGUCAAGCGUCUGCGCGGCGCCUACAAGAUCCUGGCCUAUCAGGACGCAGAAGUACUGGAGAAGACGAAACGUGACCACAGCGUCCUGCGAGACUUCGUCCGGCAGAACAGUCUGAUGAGUAAACUGACAGCCGCCCCGAUAGGCCUCAACUCCCCUCAUGUCAAACCCUCCCCCAGCCGCUUAGCCAAAGACGAGAAGGGCGCCAAGGAGAAAGAAGGCGGUAGACGGAUGUCCGCUGUGUUGCGAUCCUCAGAGGUGGCAGACAUUGACCCAGCGGUGAGAAACCAGACUCCAUCAGUGAACGUCGAAGGGCAGCAAUAUGUGGAUUCUGGGACAUACCUGGUACUGGAGCUGACGCUGGAGAAGCCAUUAGUCCCCAAGCGGAUGGCUGAGGAGAUGGCUUUGAAGGUAAAGGAGCUGGUACCAGUCAGGCCUCAGAUUGGUCGGCGGUCGGCCGGGGCACAGAAGGCGGUCGCAGAUUACCACAGCCAGGUCUCCAGCAUCACCAGCGCCAUCUUGGAUGAGUACUGCCAGCUGUUUGGACAACAAGAGACCAAUGCAGUAGAUGUGGAUCCACAAGUCUUAGAGGAACAGAAGUGUCAACUGAACUAUGAGCUAAACUGCUCUGGGAAAUACUUUGCCUUCAAGGAACAGCUCAAGCACUCAGUGGUGAAGAUCGUGAGGGAGAAGUACCUGAGGACCACCGCUUUCCAGGACCGCGACCAGCUGCAGGCUUUCCUGAGUGAGCUGUACAUUUACCUCGUGGAUCAGAUGCACAUUUCUCUUAACAAGACCCUGUUUGAUGACAGAGAGGAGGUGUUGACUGACCCCAUGACGGACACGGAUCAGCUUCUGCGAUUCGCCAAGGAGGCCGAAAUGUCAGAAGAUUAUAACCUGGCGGAAAUGUAUUAUCAGGAGAGACUGGCCCGUGACCGUCAGCGCGUUGACCACUGGUUGGACUAUGGCUGCUUUAAGCUAUUGGUUGGCGACUACAUCAAAGCACAGGAAUGCUUCCACGAGGCCUUGGUCUUAAACCGGGAACAUUUACACAGCCUGCUCCUGUGCGGUAUAGUCGCGGUUCUUAUGGACAGUAAUGAGGAGGCGGAGUUGUUCUUUGAAGAUGCGACAUGCGUGGCCCCCGGCAGUGCCCUGGCCUGGACUAUACUGGGCUUGUUCUAUGAGAUCCAAGGGAAUGACAUCAGGAUGGAGAUGGCGUUCUCUGAGGCAGGAAAGCUCCACCAGGCUGCGCUGACUGCGGACAGACCCGCCGACCAGUCUGACUCCAUGCUGGACGGUGGAAAAACCCGUUACGGAGAGACCACUGACAACGUAUCCAAAGGGGGGACUGAAGUCAUUGAUGGGAACGUCCGCACAUCACCGCCAGGUCGGCCCGCUUCAGGAGAACUUUCCUUGGGCAGCCGACCCCCAGGAGAGAAGACCCCAGUUGCUGUUCCCAAGUCUGCUUCAUCGGUGGUCUCUAAAAGUAAAGCUGGAACUCAGAGAGGUGUAGAGCCCAGCGCUGACCCCAACUCCUCACCAGCUGCCAGCAGCAUCUACAUGGAAGCCGCCAUAUUCCUGGCACAGGUCAAUGCCACACAGUUUGUCCAGAGGGCGCUGUCCCAUGAACUUCUGAGCCCAGAUGGAGGGCCCAGCUGUAAGUACCACCUCAUGUGUGCCCAGGUGAACCUACUGAGGAAGGAGUUUGACGCAGCCAACGAGAACCUGCAGGAGGCGUCACAAGUCGACCACCAGAACCCUGAUGUGUGGGCUCUCAUUGGCCACCUGCGGUACAUGAGCGGCAAGAAGGGGGAGGCGCGACAGUGCUACGAGCAUGCUCUCAGCUUGGUGGCUGAUGCCUCAGAGCUGCACUCCGUCUACCUCCGCCUGGGAUCCAUCUAUCUCCAGGAGGGAGAAUUUGAGAAAGCAAAGAAGACUUACCUGCUGGCCUGUAAGCGCUCUCCCACCUGUCUUACCUGGCUGGGUGUUGGUGUUGCUUGUUACAGGCUGGAGGAGAUGCAAGAAGCGGAGGAUGCUCUAUCUGAGGCCAAUGCCCUGAAUAACAGCAACGCUGAGGUGUGGGGCUACCUGACUCUCGUCUGCCUAAAGACUGGGAGACAACUGGAGGCGGAGCAGUCAUACAAGUACACCAGGAAGUUGAAUGUCCAGGACCAGACCCUCAUGACGGAGAUCCACCAGCUGCAGGAGGAGGUCGGCUUCGGGGACCCGUCCUUCUAAAGGACAUCGGCCGCACAGAUCCCCUGGAAUAUGAGAUGACAGGAGCUGCAUUGUUUUAUACUAAUAAAGUUGUACAGUCAUG